AUGGCGGAGAUUGUGACAUCAAUCGGGUCAAAGCUUGCAGAAUAUUUGGUGGCUCCAAUUUCACAAGGAGCUACUUAUUUGUUCUGCUUCAAGCAGUUCAUUGGAGGUGUUGAUAAAGCAAAACAAGAGCUGGAGGCAAAACUAGAAGACGUGAAAAAGCGCAAGGAAGAAGCUGACCGAAAAACUAAAGAAAUAAUGCCAUCCGUGAAGAAGUGGUUGGAUGAUGUGAAUGCAAUCCUAGAAGAGGUGCAAAAGCUACAACAAGAGCUUGAAGGAGGACGAAACAAGUGUUUUAAUGUGUCACUCAGAUAUUCUUUAGCAAAACGAAUGGAAAAUAAGGCUAAGCAAAUGAUAUAUCUCAAACAAAAUUCCAGCUUUGAGCCAUUUUCUCAACUGAUCCAGCUUCCUGGCAUUCCUGACUUCUCUUCCAAAGAGUUUAUGGAUUUCAACUCAAGGAAAUCAACUUAUGAUCGUCUUUUGGAGGCAAUUAUAGAUGGCAAAAACAAGAUGGUGGGGCUGUAUGGUAUAGGGGGCUCAGGCAAAACAACUUUGGCAAAGAAAGUGGGCAAGAAAGUGGAUGAGUUGAAGCUUUUUGACAAGGUCAUCAUAGCAGUCGUUUCUAAACCCCCAAAUAUUCUGAACAUUCAGCAAGAAAUAGCAGAGCAAAUAGGCUUGCAAUUUAAAGAGGCAAUUCAAAGUAAUAGAGCACAAAGGCUGUCAGAGGGAUUGAAAAAUAAGAAGAUUCUUAUAAUCUUAGAUGAUGUAUGGGAGUAUCUAAGGCUUGAAGAUAUUGGCAUUCCAACAGUUGGAGGUUGUCAUAUCUUGUUAACCACUCGCCUUCAAGAUGUAUGUGUCUCUAUGGAUUGUGAGAGUAAAAUUGAGUUGCCACUUUUACCAGAGGAAGAGGCAUGGUCAUUGUUCAAGAUGCGUGCUAACAUAACCAAUGUCUCAAGGAAUGAGUUUGAUAGCAUUGGAAGGAAGAUUGUUGAUGAGUGUAAGGGUUUGCCUAUAGCAAUUGUAACAGUGGGAAGGACAUUAAAAGGAAAGGGAAUUCAUGCAUGGAGAUCAACUCUAGAAAGGCUACUACAUCCCCCACCAUUGGAUAUUGAAGAUGAUUUGAAGAACCCUUAUGUAAUUCUCAAAGUAAGUUAUGAUAAUUUGUCGAGUCAGCUAGCUAAGUCACUCUUCAUAUUGUGCUCUAUGUUUCCUGAGGAUCAUGAAAUUCAUAUAGAGGAUUUAAUUCGUUUUGGCAAAGGGACUCUUAAACUUGGUGAAUGA